UGAGUGCUGUGCUUGUAGUCCCUUAUCGAUAAGCCCCCCCAGCUUCACCUCUGCUUCAUCGGCAUCCACGCCAUGUUCUUGACGUACAUCACCUCAUCGACCCCUCUGCCCAUCAAGAACACCACUUCCACCCACAAUUACCUACCCAUUCCGAGUGCCAUAUUUCACAUCAAUCUCACAGUCAACCUCUAAGCACUUCACCAACCCACUCAUGGCCUCCCAAAAAAUCACCUCCGCCCUCGCGGAGAUCGAAUCCUCCGCGAACCCCCAAAACAAGCUGCAGCUCUACAACAACCUCCUCAGCGACAUCGUAUCGACGUCCACAGAACCCCAGAUUUCUAGAGACCUGAUUUACUUUCUUGACUCUGUCCUCAGCGAAGACAUCAGCAUCGUCGCCGCCCGCCCCAUCCUCGACUCCUUCAUCGCCGUCCUCCGCAAACUCACCCAAGAAACCCAAAUCAGCGUCGGCCAACACGCCAUCACCCUCCUCCAAUCCCGAUCCACCUCUGUCGAAGAACAAGACGCGCAGAUCCGCGAGCUCCUCGCAGAUGCUUACGAAGCCGAAGGCCAGUACACCGACGCCGCAAAAGCCCUACAGGGCAUCCACAUCGACAGUUCGCAGCGCCUGGUCUCCGACGCAGCCAAGGUGCGGCUAUGGAUCCGGAUUGUGAGAUACUACCUCGAGGAAGACGAUACCACAAGUGCGGAAGCUUUCUUGAACCGCAUCAAGAACCUACCGAGUAAGAUCGAGGAUCAUGAGUUGAAGCUGCAUUUCAAGCUAUCCCAGGCUCGUAUAUUGGAUGCUCGCCGGCGCUUCCUCGAUGCUAGUCAGGAAUACUUCAAUGUUAGUCUUGCGGCGGGAGUGGAUGAAGCGGAUCGGUUGCAGGCCUUGGCGGCUGCUAUUCGGUGUGCGGUGCUCGCUCCGGCCGGGCCGCAGCGGUCUCGCAUCCUCGCGACGUUGUAUAAGGAUGAUCGGUCGACGUCGGUGGAUGAGUUUGCUAUCCUGGAGAAAAUGUUCCUGGAUCGGUUGCUGACUCCAGAGGAGGUGGCUGCGUUCGCGCAGCGGUUGGCGCCGCAUCAGUUGGCUGUGACGGCUGAUGGGUCUACGGUGCUUGAUAAGGCUGUUGUUGAACACAAUUUGGUUGCGGCCAGCAAGCUCUACGAAAAUAUUACGACUGAUGCGUUGGGUGCGAUCCUGGGGCUUCAAGGGAGCGGGGACUUCACGGCGGGGGAGAAGGCGGAGGACUAUGCGGCGAGGAUGGUCGAGCAAGGUCGAUUGAAGGGGAGUAUUGAUCAGAUUGACGGAAUAAUAUACUUCGAUGGAGGAAAUGCGACUACAGGACAGCAUAUCCGGCAGUGGGAUGCUGGGGUGCAGGGUUUGGCCGAGGACGUGGAGAGAGUGGCUACCAGCAUUACCAAUGCGUUUCCAGAAUUCGCAGCUGGACAGCCAGCAGUGCAUUGAGGAUAUGGAACGAUACACCAUGAAUCGGAAAUUAGCUAGCGACAUGUUUGUUUCACAGGCGUAACGAGAAUAAGUUGCGCAGAAUGCAUGAUAAAUGAUACCAUGUGAGUGAUGGUGAUUAGAAGCGUA